CAUGGACCUCCUUCACAAUUCCGAGGUCGCAAAUUCUCAUGCAAAUCAAGAAUAAGAUGGAGAUGAGGAGACCAAACCCCCUACAGAGCCCAGCGACAAGCAGAGACCGCACCAGAUACUGUGACUUUCAUCAAGAUCACGGACAUACCACGGAAGAGUGCAAAAGUUUGAAGUCCGAGCUGGAAAGCUUGGCCCGGAAAGGAAUGUUGAAUGAAUACAUUCAGAACAGAAGUUUGCCAAAGUUUGUCAAAGAACAGGGGCAACCCCAGGGGUCCCGAGCAUCAAACAACAGAGAUGGAGUAGGAUACCAGCAAGCGCCACCACCUCUCCCACCACCAUCCAGAAUUAUACACAUGAUAACAGGCGGACCCGAAGUAGGUGGCACAAGCGCCAAACAGCAAAAGCUGUACGUAAGGGACGUCAGACACCAUAAUGCAGCCCAGAAAAGGAAGAUCGACGAGGAGGAUUGGAAAAACCAAUCUGUGACAUUCACUUCGGCCGACCUCGAGGGGGUCGUCACGCCCCAUAACGACCCAUUAGUCACCUCGGUCAUCAUUAACAACUGCGAGGUCCAGCGAGCGCUCAUUGACACCGGCAGUGCUCCAGACAUAAUGUAUUAUCACUGCUUUGAGAGCCUCGGACUCGACCCCGCCCUCCUGCAAAAGUAUGAUGGGCCCAUCUACGGCUUCAAUAACCAGCCAGUACCCGUGGAAGCAGUGCUGCGACUCAACGUGACGUUCGGCUCCGGACGAAUGUAUGCAACACCCUCAGUCAGAUUCCUGGUAGUGAAGAUGGCUUCAUCUUUUAAUCUCGUCAUCGGGAGGCCGACUUUGACCGAGAUUCGAGCUAUAGUGUCCCAGUCCCACCUCUGCAUGAAAUUCCCCACGCCAAUGGGGGUAGCAACCUUACGAGGCAAUCAAGAGGCGACCAGGCAUUGUUACAUGACCUCCGUCGCGAGGUCACGAAGAAAUAAGGAGGAAGUCACAUCACCAGAGUCACCCCACUCAGAGGCCCCGAACACCCAACAGGUAAUGGGUGUAGAACUGCCAGAUAAUAGACCAGAGGACGAAUCAAGAGCCACCCCGGUCGAGGAGGUUGAAGAGGUACAACUUGACGACAAUGACCCAUCCAAGAAGACUCAGAUCGGCAUGAAGCUAACUCCCAUAGAAAAAGAAGAGCUCGUGGGCUUCUUAAAAGCAAACAAGAACGUGUUUGCAUGGACCUCGGCUGACAUGCCUGGAAUCCCAACUUCGGUGACAGUACACAAACUCAGCACUAAUCCUUUGAGGAAGCCAGUGGCACAGAAGAGACGGCUUUUCGGAGGGGAAAGACUCACAGCCAUUAAGGAGGAAGUAAAGAAGCUCUUACAAGCAGGGUUCAUCAGGAGAGUAGACUACUGCGAGUGGAUCGCCAACCCUGUCAUGGUAAAAAAGUCAAACGGGAAGUGGCGCAUGUGCAUCGAUUACACCAACCUCAACGACGCCUGCCCUAAAGACUGUCAUCCCAUGCCUAGCAUAGACAAGCUAGUAGAGGCUGCCUCAGGGAAUGAGAGAUUAAGCCUCUUGGACGCUUACUCGGGGUAUCAUCAAGUCCGCAUGGCACCUGAGGACGAGGUGAAAACCUCAUUUUAUGCCGGAGAUGAAAUAUACUGCUAUGUGAUGAUGUCGUUUGGGCUCAAAAAUGCAGGAGCAACAUACCAGAAAAUGGUCACAAUCGUGUUUCGGGCUCAAAUUGGCAGAAACCUGGAAGUCUAUGUAGAUGACAUUGUUGUCAAAAGUUCUCGGGCAGAAGACCACCUGACCGACCUGGCUGAGACGUUCAACAACCUUAGAAGGUGCAGCAUAAAGUUGAAUCCAGCGAAGUGCACCUUCGGCGUCGAAUCAGGCAAGUUUCUGGGUUUCAUGGUUUCCAGAAGAGGGAUAGAGGUCAACCCAGAAAAGAUAAAAGCAAUAGAAGAAAUGAAACCGCCGAAGUCAACCAAGGACGUAGAACGCCUGGCAGGGAGAGUAGCAGCACUGCACAGAUUUAUCUCCAAAUCAGCAGAUAAGUGUCUACCAUUCUUUAAGGUCUUGAGAACUGCAGCUCAGAAGGAUGAAACAGGAAAGCCCCAGAAGUUCAACUGGACGACGGAGUGCCAGGCGGCUUUUGACGAGCUCAAAGCCUACCUCAGCUCCCCGCCUCUGCUGACUAAGGCUGAGGAAGGUGAAAUCCUUUAUCUUUACCUCGGAAUAUCUGAUACUGUUGUCAGUUCUGUCUUGGUCAGGGAAAUGGGGAAACAACAGCAACCAGUAUACUAUGCCAGUAAGGUGCUGCAGGGAGCUGAACAGAGGUACUCAAUAGCAGAGAAGGCAGCCUUAGCAGUUGUUGUUACCGCAAGGAAGUUGAGGCCAUAUUUUCAAUCCCACCCCAUUAUUGUGGAACCAAACUCUAGGGCAGAAACAUGGACCCUGUAUGUAGAUGGAUCGUCUAAUAACAAGGGUUCAGGAGCUGGAGCAGUAUUAACUGGACCUGACAGCUUCCAGAGUGAACACGCCUUGAAGUUCAACUUCCAGGCCACAAACAACGUGGCCGAGUAUGAAGCCCUCCUCCUGGGACUACGUUUGGCGGCCGAGCUCAAAGUCAAACGCCUGCAGAUUUACAGUGACUCACAGCUAGUAGUUAAUCAAAUCAAUUCCAUGUGUGAAGUCAUUGAUCCCAUCCUGGCAAGAGCUAACCACACCUCGGCUGCAGAGCUCAGAGCUAACCGCACCUCGGCACUUCGCCGUGGGUGUAUGACAGCCACAAUAGGCACACCCUCAUCUGAUCAUUUGUCUGUACCAGAACACCCCUUCUCAAGGAACCUGCUUCGCCAAAGCGCACCACGCGCAUUUAAUGCGGUUGCUCCGCCACGUGGGUAUGGACGAGCCACGUGGGUGCCUUGCCAAGCGGGACAAAGCCUACAAGGACCAUUUGAAGAAGAAUCGACUCGAAGCAGGAACUCAAGGAUAUUCAGCAACAACAUUGUGCUUGCUGAAUUUUGGACAAACCUCGGGAUUUUGCAGGACCAUUUGAAGAAGAAUCGACUCGAAGCAGGAACUCAAGGAUAUUCAGCAACAACAUUGGCGCCGUCUGUGGGAAACGAACAAAAGUCAUCACCAGAAGUUAAGAUGGUACACACACGAGCAACCCAGCGUGAGAGUCCUCCCGAGGCCAAGGAAGAGGCCAGCCCCCAAGCGUCAACCCCGGGUCACAGAGUGCACCGGUUGCAGCCCCCCAACAUCAGCAGACAGAGGGAGUUGGGGAACAUAAUCCACAAUAUCCCAACGCCAGAUAACCCCGCUGACCCACUUAUUCACUUAUUGGACCCAGCUCCCCCCGUGGCUCCCGAACCAGUUCAACAGCCUGCCAACUCCCCGGUCCGCAGUGCCGCCCCAAACGCUUCUCAAGCACAAUCUCACAUGCUACCCCAGCCACAAAACCCGCCUCAACCAGCUGCCUCAGAUGUGUCAAAGAGGCUAGAUAACCUAGAAAAGCUGCUAGCCGAGAACAAAAAUCCACAACCGCAGACCCCACCUGUAUCAACCUCCAUCCCCACUCCCCUCAGUAUCAAAAUCACCCAAGAGCCAUAUCCACCCGGUUUCAGGAUGCCGCAGUUUGAAACAUAUGACGGCACUAAAGACCCUGAUGACCACUUACAUGCAUUUUUCUCCAUCAUGCAGGCUCAAAACGCCUCAGACGCACUUAUGUGCAAGAUGUUCCCCUCCACAUUGCGUAGCAAUGCCCGGACCUGGUAUCACACCCUGCGUCCGAACUCGAUUAAUGCGUAUGCCGAGCUGGCCACCCUCUUUGCCACCAAAUUCUCAAGCAGAAGGUUGAUCAAAAAGACGACACCCGACCUCAUGCGCAUAACGCAAAGAGAAGGCGAAUCCUUGAAGAACUAUAUGAACAGGUUCAACGACGCCAUGUUGGAGGUCAAUGCCUUCGAUGAAGCAGUGGGAGUAACUGCCAUGAUGCAAGGCCUCAACCAUGAUCGGUUUCGGGAUAACUUAAUCAAGAACACCCCAACCACUUUUGACAAAGUCAACCAGAGAUCCCUCAAGUUCAUUAAGGCUGAAGAGUACGUCCUCUCCAAACCCCAGCCCCCCAAAGAAGCUAGAACCCCCACCUGGAGAGACGAAAGCCAGAGCAGGAAGAAGUUCAAACCCACACAGAACCGAGGCCCAAUUCCGGUCGCAAAUUCUCAUGCAAAUCAAGAAUAAGAUGGAGAUGAGGAGACCAAACCCCCUACAGA